AUGGCCAACGCCUCUCUGCCUCAGCCGCAGGAGAAUGGCGGCAUGUUGUCUUCUUCCCAACAGAAACCGGAAGGCUUGGUCGUGUCGCCUGGGGAGACCUCGGACAGUGCAGGGGACGAGGAAUCGCUCUUUGCUGACGCGGAUGAUGCCCAGUCCAUCGUCCAGCCCGCCUUAAGUCCGCAAGCUACCAGACUUACCUCACCAAGGACACCGGCAGCUGAGAAAGCGGCGGCAAUGGAUAGGAUACCCAGUAGUGAUCUGUUCAGCGUUAUUGAGGGUACCGCCACGUCGGAUUUCGCAUCAGUCAGAAAAGAGGAAGAUGCGCCGGGACCACGCAAGCUGGUGAAAGCUCCAAACCGUCAAAAUCGAGGGUUUUCUUUGGGGCAACUACCGCCGAGCCAACCUUUGAGUCCGAGGUUCCCAUCGCCCUGGCAGUCAGGACCAAGGGAGCUUGUGAUCCAGAAUGAGUCCGGAUCAGGGUCGAGGCCGGCGUUGUCAAGCGUGUUUGGUUCGACCAGGCAUCGAAGGUCUUCUUCGGGCGGCGCUGAGGCUUUCAGGAGGUUGAAGGACGCAUUGCCCAACAUAACGCUCCCGACCAACUUCCUGUCAAGCCUUACGUCUCCUUCCUUCUUCUCAGGGAAUACGUCGCAGAAGAGCCCGAAUCAGGAGUUGAAACAGUCCUCCCUCGAUGGCACCUCCGAGUCGCGCUUUGCUCCGCCUCUUCCUGGGCAAACCACUCAAAGCGGCGAUGAUGGCGCAAGCACGAAUCUGCUUGCAGCGCCUAGUGCAUCCUCCCGGCCCGGUACGAUGGCAACCAGCAGACCCCGGCUAAUCAGGAAAUCAACUUCUGACGAGUCCAUGCUGUAUCAUUCGCUCUCGAGGAUGUCCUCACUAGGGGACGACGACAAAUGGGGCAAUGUCCGAGAGCAAACAAACAUCAGAUUCAAGGCGAUUAAGGAAAGUAUAGAUCGGCCAAAUUUCAAAUUACCUCAGCUGCCUGACGUCUUGAAACGGCAUUCUCUACUGGGCUCCGAGACGCCAGACCCACGAUCAACAGUUCAGUCGCCAACUACGUCUCAAUUUGCUUCAUCUUCCCGAGACGGCUUAGUCUCAGAUUUUGACCGCACUUUGGAAAUGUUGACGGGUGAUGUGGUAAUCAUGGGCGGGUACCGAGGAUCCAUACUGCGCUCCACAAAGACGAACCGACAAGUGUGGGUUCCUGUGAAAGUUGGAUUGAAUAUUCGCAAGGUCAACCUGGAGGUAGGCCUGGACCCUGAGGAUGAGGAGCGCAUGGAGGAAUCAAUAUAUCCGUCCGGCAUGCUUCAGAACAUCGGCCCCGUCGAUAUCUCUAAGAGGCUGUUCAAGCGGUUACGGGAAUGCGAGAACGCGAAGAACGGAAAGCUACGUGUUUGGGAUUACGGCUGGGAUUGGCGGCUCAGCCCAUAUCUACUGAGCCGGAAAUUGGUCUCGUUCCUAGAAAAGCUGCCCUCGAACCAGUCGGAUACCCCAGAGGAGAAAGGGGCAACCGUCAUCGCGCAUAGCCUUGGUGGUCUCAUAACACGCCAUGCUGUGAAUCAGCGGCCUGACUUGUUUGCCGGUGUCGUCUACGCAGGCACUCCUCAGAGGUGUAUCAACAUCUUGGGCCCGAUUCGCAACGGUGAUGUCGUGCUGUUGAACGAAAAAGUGCUUACGGCGCAGGUCAACUUUUCGCUCCGGACGAGCUUCGUCUUCCUUCCCGAAGAUGGUUUCUGCUUCAUCAAUAAGUACACGGGCGAGGAGUAUCCUAUAGAUUUUUACGAUGCUGAGGACUGGGCCAAACACAGCCUUUCUCCAUGUGUCGAGACGGUAUUACCAGCUUUCAACGCUCGGCAAAGUUCUCUAGGUUCGUUCCUCAAUCUGUCAAACAGCUUGCCCAAUCUACCAUUGAGGAGCCGUGGGAACAGUUCGGCGAGCGAACGACCUCAGGGUUCACCGACACGACAUGGUUUUGUUGAUGGUAUGCGGCGAGCAGAGGCCCACCACGAUCGUACCUUGGCUCCUCAAAUGGGUACGCUCGCGGCGGAUUCUAAAUCUGCCCAGCAGCAGCAGGCCAGCCCCAAAAGUUUCACCGAAAGGGAAAGGUACAUGGCUUACCUGAAGCGUACUCUUGCCGACACCAAGAAGUUUCGCGCAGAGCUACAACACCAGCCGCAUCUCACGGAGUCCAAUUCAUAUCCUCCCAUGGCCAUUAUGUACGGCAAGGAAAUCCCUACAGUCUACGCGGUCCACGUAACGAGCCGCGACGCCAUACCGUGCACUGACGCGUACGAUGACCUCCUGUUUCGCAGCGGAGACGGCGUCGUCCUCGCCCGCGAGGCCAUGUUGCCUCCGGGGUACGACGUCGUCAACGGCGGCCGUGUGAGCACUGAUCGAGGACACAUUACUAUGCUUGGCGAUCUGGCUGCCGUCGGCAAGGCACUCGAAGCCGUUGUGAGGGGGCGCCGGAAGGGAAUUGGUAUGGGUACCGGCCAGUUGACCCAAGGGGCCAAGGCAUCGCAGGUUUAG